AUGUCAUCAGCAUCAUUAUUUGAACAAUUAACCAGCAGUGUAUCACCGUCUAUACUGGUUAUUGUUUCCGUAGCUAUUUUAGCUUUAUUAUUAAUAUAUACUGUUGCUUGUCGAAUUUUCUUUUCAUCAUCAUCAACAUCAAAAUCGAAAACAUCUACUUCAAAACAACAUUCAAAUAAAGAUAGAAAAUCAAAGGAAUCUAAUACAACAAAAAAACAACAAGGUGAUAUAACAUCUACGAAUAAGAAAAAAAAUAAUAAAGUAAAAAAAAAUGUACUUCCGGUUUCAUCAACAUCAUCACCAGAUACACCAUCCGAAGAAAGUGAAAAUGAAAAAACAACAUUUGUUGCAUCAUCAAAAAAAGUAUUUUCAACACCACCACCACCAAGCAAAACAUCGACAGGCAAAAAAGUAGCUGUUGCUGAUGAAAAUAAUAAGAUUAGUGCUUCAACAAAUAUAAUUAAAACAUCAUCAACUAAACAACAACAACAACAACAACCAGCAUCUGUACGCACUGAAAAUGUUGAAGGAUCAGCUGUAGGACAAAAUGGAGAUAAUAAAAACAAACAAUUGAAAACUAAUACUACAAUUGCAUCUAACAAACAAAAAUCAUCAGGCAAAGGCGACGGUAAUACCAAGGUCAAUGCUGGAAAUUUAAAGAAAAAUGAAUCUGUAGCUGUUAAUACAGAGACUAAACGUAACUUGACUGUUGAUGGUGAAGCUGGUACUGAUCAAGAAGAUGAAGGACAAUGGCUUACACAAGGCAGUAAACAGGUUAAUCAUCGUAAUCGAAAUAAAGGUAAAACUGAAUUAUCCAAUACUAAUAAUCAAACAUUAUCAAAUCAUAAUGUUACAUCCGAACAACGAUCAAUCCCAACAAUAUCAAAUAGCAAUAUUUUAUCAUCAAUAAAUAAUAAUGAAUUAAAUGUUGAAACAACAACAACAACAACACCAUUAAUAAAUAAUUCAAUAUCAUCAAUUGAAAAUCUCGAACCAAUUGAAAUUUGUCAAUUAUUACCAACAAAUGAAAAUCUUUAUACAUCUAAUGAUAAUUGGUGGAAACAAGCAUUAAAUAAACAACAAACAUUUUCUAUUGAUGAUAUUGGUGAAUGGCCUGAACGUGAACAAGAUGAACAAUAUAUUGUUCAAAUAAAACGAAUUAUACCUGUUAAAAAAUUAAAUGAAAAACAAAAUUCUGAUGAACAAUUAAAUUCUAAUGAAUCAAUAAAAUCUACAAUAAUAUCUUAG